AUGGUCGGAGCAGGACUCCACGGGCACGAGGCCAGGAGCAGGUCGCGCGGCAGGAGGAGGAUGGCCGUCAAGCCUCACGAGCAGCCACCACUCAAGGCCUUGUUGAGCCACGGCCUGGAGGGGUGGAGCGGGGUUGCUGGCGCUGCCAUGGGAGGGGACACCGGCGCAGGCGAUGUCACAUGUGGUAGCCGACGGGCGGGGUGCGGACGCGACUGGAGGGGUGGGAAGAGCCGCCGGUGCGGCUGGCGCAGCGGGAAGCUCGGCCCGACCAUGGCCGCACCCGGGGAAGGCGGCAGCGGGGUCAUCCUGGGUGCCGGUGUGGGCGUUGUGGCCGAGGGAGAGGCCAUCGGGGAUAGCGCCGAGGCGAUGGGCGGCUUCGCGGUCAGGGACCAAGCCGGGGGAGGUGGCAGCGGGGCCAUCCUGGGCGCCGGGGUGGGCGUCAAGGCUGGGGCCUGCGCGGCCGCGGUGACGGCGAGAAGCGCGAUGGUGGCGGCGACCACGGCGAAUCGGGAGAGAGAGGUUUGCGGGAGGAAGAACCUGCGGGAGGAAAGAGAGAGAGGGAGAGUGCAGCAGGAGGAGAGAGGGACCACGUUUAGGAGAAGUUGGAUCCAUUAG